AUGGCGUCCUCGUUAAAUCUGGGUGGGUUUCUGAGCUCCGAGCUGCAGACGCUGUCGACAGAGGCGCGGCGCAAGUUCCCCGACAUAAAAGAGGCAGCCGAGCGCGUCAUAGUGAUCCUGCGCGGGAUCAAAAGCACAUCAACCACAGCAAGCACAGCGGCCGAGCUACGUCAGCACCCGGAGGUCGUGCGGCCAUUCAUCCUAGCCUGCCGCCACAGCAGCGCUUCAGGCGGCAGCAGCAGCAGCAGCACGCGGAUGAUCACGACGGCACUGCAGAGCCUGCAGCAGCUGGUGUCGGCGCGCGCAGUGUGUGAUCGGAGCAUUGGCGAGGUGCUCAGGGAGCUGAGGCAGAUGGCCGGGCUGGGCGCGGACGUGCAGGUGAAGGUGCUGCAGAUGGUGCUGCCGCUGGUGACGCUGUACGCGGACUGCGUUGUGGGCGAGGAGCUGGUCGAGGCGCUGCACGUGUGCUUGGCGCUGCAGCGGUCGCGCGACGCCAUCGUGGCCAACACGGCCGCGGCCAUCCUGCGCCAGGCCGUCGAGCAGGUGUUUGCGCGCGUGGCGCAGGAUGAUUUGCUGGAGGCGGCCGGGCAGCACGUGAGGGGCGCAAUGGAUGCCAGCAGGGACGCCGAGCCGCACGCCGGCAUGGACGCCGAGCCGCACGUGAAGCGCGUGGCCGAGCUGCACGCCAGCGACGCGCUGUUCAUCCUGCAGGACCUGUGCCUGCUGGCGGCCGGCCACGAGCCGGUGUUCUUGCAGGCGGCCGGCGGCGCGGACAAGCGGCUGGUGCUGGAGCUGCUGGAGUCGGUCCUGGCCAACCACGCGGCGGCAGUGGCGCGGCAUCCGGCAAUGGCGCUGGUGCUGCGCGAGCGGCUGGCGCCGUUCAUCGUCGGGUUCUUCGCCGACCGCGCGCCGUUCACGCUGGCCGUGCGCAGCAUCCGCAUCGUGUGGCUGUUUGUCCGCCACCUGCACGGCGCCAUGGCGGCCGAGUGCGAAGUGUUCCUGGGCAUCCUCGCGCGGCUGCUGGCGGCCGAGUCGCCGCUGCCGCCGUUCUACCGCGUGCUCGCGCUCGAGACCGUGCGAAGGGCCGCCGAGGACCACGCGCUGCUGCGCGCGCUGUUUGCGCAGUACGACGGCAGCGCGCAGCCCGACGACUGCCACGUCAUCCGCGACCUCGUGGCCGCCACCGCACGCGUCGUCGCCGACGGAGUUCCGCCCGAGCCGGCAGCAGCGGCGGGCGACGUGCUGCCGGUCAGCGCGGCGUGCGGCGUGCGCACGCAGAUGCACAAGCUGCUGGACAAGGCCGAGCCGCCGGCCGUGCCUGCGGCGUACCUGUUUGCGCAGGCGCUGGCGAGCAUCGCGGCGCUGGCCGAUGCGCUGGCGGAGGCCACGGGCGGCCAGGCGCCGGCGGAGGCCACGGGCGGCCAGGCGCUGGCGCUGGCGCUGGCGACGCAGGCGUGGCCGGCGCUGCUGCCGGCGAACGCGGCUGCGCUGGGCGCGCGGCUCGACGACGAGAUGUUUGCGCGCGCGCUCGGCUCGGCGCAGGCGCUGGUGUGCGUGUGGGGCGCCGCGGGGCUGCGCGAGCCGCGCGACCAGAUGCUGCGGCUGCUCUGCCAGCUUGCGCGCCCGGCGGCUGCGGCUGCGCCCGGCGGACUUCCGUCGCCAGAGCGGCACGCGCUGUGCCUGCGGGCCGUGCUGGAGUGCGCGUGCCGGCUGGCGGCCGAGCUGCAGGACGCGUGGGCGCCGGUGCUGGGCGCGCUGCUGGACACCGAGGACGCGGCGGCGCCCGUGGCUGCAGGCGGGCCCGUGCGCCAGGCCGCGGCGCGGAUGCUGGCUGCGGCUCGCGACGCCGGGCCGCCGGCGUACCUGUGCGUGCUGCGCGCGCUGGUGCGGCUCGGCUCGGACGCGGCCGGCGUGCCGGUGUCCGAGGCCGUGGCGGCGGCGCUUCCGCCAUCGCCGCCGCUGGCGGAAGCGCCGCCGCAGGCUGACCGGCCGGUGCCGGCCAUCGAGCGGCUGCGCGCGUUCGUGGUGGCCAGCGACGCGGUGCUGAUGGACAGCGCGGCGUGGGACAUCGUCACGCAGCACCUCCUGGCGGCCGCACUGUGCGGCGACGCUGCAGCGCACGUGCGCGCGCAGGCCAGCGGCGCGCUGGCCGACAUCGUGCUGGCGGCCAUGGAUCUGGCCGGCGCCGCUAAAAGCCCGUCCGCGGCUGGCACCGGCUCGGGCGCCUCGCCCGAGGCCGCGCAGCUGCGCAUCCUGACGCCGCUGGCGCAGCUUAUGGGCGCGCACGUGGCGGGCUUCGCCACGGGCCACCGCUUUGCGGGCACCGUUGAGGUGCGGCGGGUGGCGCUGGACACGCUGCACCGGCUGCUGCAGGCGUCGGGCCACGCGGUUGUGCGCGCGUGGGACGUGGUCUUCGACAUCGUGCAGGCGGUGUUUGCGCAGCCGGGCGCGCUGGUGGCCAGCGUGUUCCCGUGCGUGCAGCUUGUGUGCUCGGACUACCUGGCCGACCUGCCGCCGCGCUGCCUGCGCCGCUGCAUCGAGGUGCUGGCGCAGUUCGGCCGCCAGCGCGACGACCUGAACAUCGCGCUGGCGGCUGUCGGCCAGGCCUGGGCGCUGUGCGACUUCCUGCAGUCCGACUCCAUGCGCACAGCCGCCGAUGCCCGUGCUGGCGCCGCGGCAGACCCGCCCGAGCUGACCAGCCGCCGCCUGGCUGGCGUGCCUGGCCAGGACGCGGCGCUCGAGGCGAUCGUGCAGUCGUGGUGGGCCGAGGACCUGCCGGGCGGCAGCGGCGGCGGGGCGUUGCGGACGCGCCAGGUGCUGUGGAUCCUUCUGCUGCAGGCGUUGGCGGCGCUGGGCCGCGACGCACGCCACGAGGUGCGGCUGGGCGCGAUCCAGACGCUGUUCCGCACGCUGGACGCGCACGCCGCGUGCCUCGACGCGUGGCUGUGGGACGCGACCAUCUGGGCCGUGGUGCUGCCGCUGGCGCAGUACGCGGUGGCCGAGCGCACGCGCGUCUUUGGGCUUGUGCGCAGCGGCAGCAUCGACGGGCUGCUGGGCGAGGCCAGCGAGGGGUCGCUGCGCGUUGCUGAGCGCAGCGGCGUGUGCCUGGAGGACCCGCGCCGGCUGCUGCGCAAGCAGUGGGACGAGACCGCGGCGACGGCGAUGAUGGGCGCCGCCAGGACCUGGGCCGACCACGCGGCUGUGUGGGCGGUUGGUGGCGCUGAGCACGCUUGGCGCCAUCUGUGGGAGCUGGUGGGCGUGUUUUUGGUUGGCGGCGGGGGUUCUGCCGCCGUGGCCGAUCGGGCGGCGCUGCGGUCGCGGGACAGCGUCGGCGCGGCCAUCGACUGCGCCGGUGUGCUGGCCGGCUGCGCCUACGCGGGCGCGGCCGCCGACUGCGUGCGGACGCCCUGGGACGCGUGGCUGCAGAUGACGCGCCGGCUGACUGACGUGCCUGUGGAUGCCGGCGCCGACCUCAACUGCGCUUUGGACAGCGGCGGCUCGGUGGUUGUCAGCCAGGAGACGCUGUGCGCGCUCCUGCGCCUGUGCCCUGCGCUGCUGGCGCAUCUGCGUGAGGCCGGCGCCCUGCAAUUGGCCGACUGCCAAGCGCUGGUGGCGCUGCUUCGCCGCCUGCUUUUCUUCCCCGACGCUCCGCUGCUGUCGCUGCCCUCCGACGCCGCUGGGAUGACUAGGCUGCAGGCGCUGGCCUUGGACAUGGUUGCCUUGGUGCAGCGGUCGCAGCCGGCGCUUGCGCUGGCCGAGCUGGCCAUGCUGGCCGUCGCGCCCUACGCCAUCCGCCCCCGCCGUGCCCAGGCGGCACCCGGGGGGCGAGGCCGCAGUGCCAGUGCGUCUGGCUGCGAGGGGAAUGGCGGCGAUGCGCUGGGCGUGUCUGCAGACCUGCUCGAGCACGCUGUUGUUGGCCGUGCAGCUGCUGCCUUUGCCGGCGCGCUCGCGCGGUCGGAGCAUCUUUUGGCUCUGCGAAUCGAGGCCCAAAAGAAGCCCAGCGGUGCUGUGCCGGCGCCCACGCUGGUUGCACUGGGCGUGGCUGCGCUGGGCCGCCUGGGAGACGCGCUGCGCGCUGGGGAUGGUGCUGAGCUGCUGCUGCUGCUGCCGCAGCUGCUGCUUGAUGGCAGCUGGCUGGACGCCAUCACGGCGAUGGGGCUGCAUCUGGUCCACCCUCUGCACUGCGCGGCGCCCAAUGAUCCGGCGGGACAGCCGAAGCCAGUGACAAAGGCCAGUGUCUCCGCCACUGCCUCGUCUGCCACCGCCACUGACUGGUUUGUGCAGGACAUGCCCCCUGCCAUGCUUCUUCUGCGCGCUGCGCAGCGGGAUGAGCCGUCCAAGGAGAGCGCGCAGAAGAUGCGCCGUGGCCUCUCGCAGGCAUGGGCAGCCACAGGCACAGUACUGGCGCUGGCGCUGGGCAUGCCCUUGGGAGACGCCUCUCUGGCCAGCGGCACGCCGCCUGUAGCGCUGCAGACGCAGAUUCUCAUGCUUGAUGCUGUGGUGAACGCGGGCCUGCGGUAUGUUGCCGAUGACCUGCCUGGCACGCCGGCUCCCGUCGAGAUGGCCUUGUACUGGGACCUGCUGGUGCGUGUGCUUGAGUGGGGCGCGCAGAUGGCGUCGGAGCCUGCUGUGCUGUCGUGCGCGGACACGUCGGAUGCUGACUGCAGGCAGCAGGGGCUGACCGUGGCAUGCUUCAGGUGGCUCUUCUGCAUGUCCGUGGACCAGCAGCAGCCCACUAUGCCGCUGUGGGUGGCUACGGCGGCGGCACCGACUUUGGUGACCCAGUGCCGGGCUGUGUUCCAGCGCUUUGUCGCCGACAAGCUUGUGCUUGGGAAAUCAAGCCCGAUGCCUGUGUCGCAUGUUGAGCUGCUGUGCCUGGUGCUCAACGACCUGGUUCUGCUCGACUGCUACCCGGCGGCACUCGCCCAGGCCAAGCAGAAAUGUGGUUGUGAGAAUAGCAGCAGCGUUGUCACGGCUUUUGUCGGCCAGGCAACAGCAGGCAAGUCCGCGCAUAUUUUUGCGCUGUAUGAUGAUCUGCUUGAUCUGAUUCCGCUUGUUGCUGGCUCUCCUGCGCUUAUUGUGCCGGUUCAAAAGUGUCUGCGCCGAAUGUCGCCGAAAACAUUCGGUUAA